AUGCUGGCCAUUAAUUUCUUCUCUUUUGUGUUGGGCUUUGCGCUCUUCCUUGGAGCAUCAGGUGAUUAUGUCGCUGACCUUUCCCUCUUGGCCUUUACCGGCACGCCGGUCGGCAAGGUCGUCCCAUUCGAUGGCCUGAUUAGUGCAUCGCAAGCCACGAGACUCCAGCUGACGAGCCCAGUCGAUCUCUACGUAUCGAUGCCACGGAACCAGAGCGGCAAAACCAACGGCACAACAGCGCGAACCCGGUUUGGGGUUCUACUGUUGACUGAUAUCUAUGGGAUCCAAUCAAGGGAGAACAAACUGUUCGUCCCACCAAUGUUCAUCUCUGUGACGACACAAGUCGCUGACCCAGGAACCGCCAGUCUCGUCGAUAGCUUCGCGCGCGCGGGCUACGUGGCAGUCGCCCCAGACCUGUUCGAAAACAAACCGAAAUCCGAGGACCCCAUGGCGAGCUUUAACGGGACCGAGUUCUUUAGGGCGCAUGGUCCCGCCGUCACCGACCCGAAAGUCGAGAAGACCAUCGCCUACAUGCGUGACAAGAUGGACAUACAGAAGAUUGCGUCUACGGGAUAA